AUGGAUAAAUCCAAGCGAAUCUUUCUUAAAUCCAAGCGAUCUUUUCGUAGGCGUUUGCCUCCGAUCCAAUCGGGGGAUCGAAUUGAUUAUAGAAACAUGAGUUUAAUUAGUCGAUUUAUUAGCGAACAAGGAAAAAUAUUAUCUAGACGGGUGAAUCGAUUGACCUUAAAACAACAACGAUUAAUUACUAUUGCUAUAAAACAAGCUCGUAUUUUAUCUCCGUUACCUUUUCUUAAUAAUGAGAAACAAUUUGAAAGAAGCGAGUCAACCGCUAGAACUCCAGGUCUUAGAACCAGAAAAAAAUAG